CAUGGUAACUUGAUCUCUGAAUUAUUAGGAGCUAUCCCUUUAGAACAAAGUUUUUUUCAAUACCUAAUAGAAAUAACAAAUUCAUAGGUUAAUAUAUUUCACUCCAUUUGAAGAUCACUUUUCUAUGAUAGUCGGGUAGUCAUUACGAUAUAUCAGGAAUUCCCCAUACUGUUAACUGACUCACAUGAGCAAACACGUUUGUCAAGUUUAUCACGUACUUACUAAAAAUACAUGUUUUAACAAAAAAAACUGGGUAACAGUUUAGGCAAGCACCAAUCUCCUCUUCACCUUCAAGAUCUUCAUGUUCGAAUCUCUAACUGAACAGAUCAAAGAUCCGAUGAAACUGAUAUCUCUAGAUAUUUUGACAAGUUCACUCAACACAACAGGAACGAAAACGGUACGAAGAAAUCAAGUCAACUAGUGUCAAUUGUCGUUUUGAUUUUCGGAAAUCAAGAUGGUAUUGUGUAAAGACAAAGGCUCACCUUAUAAAAGAGACAGCCCAUAUUCUUGGUUGAUAUGUUUCGUGGUCUUUUACAAUAAUUUGAUCUUAUUUGGUUUGCUGCUAAGCUUUGGUAUUCUUUUGCCUGUAAUAAGUGAACAGUUYAAGAGAAGCAGAGGUGAAACUGCUUGGAUUGGCUCCUUGGCCAUUGGUUUUUCCUUUCUCCUGGGUCCAGUAGCCAUAAAGGUCAUCUCGUGGUUCGGAGAACGUCCAGUAGGGAUGUUUGGCGGGAUAUGUUCAGCUAUAGCCAUCGUCAUAAGCUCCUUUGCAUCAGAUUUUUGGAUUCUUUACAUAUCCUAUGGCGUUUCGUUUGGYWUUUUUGGAWGCUGUCUUAUCAACUCACAAACUCUUUCCAUUAAAAAAUAUUUCCAAAAGAAAAUUCCAAUGGCGSURGGYGUUAYGACUUCUGGUGCAAGUAUAGGCGUUCUUAUCAUCGGUCCAAUACUGCAAGUUCUUGUCGAUAGUCUUGGCUGGCGAGGUGCCCUCCGUGUAAUGGCAGGGGCUAUGCUUUUAGCUGGUUUACUGUGUAUUUUCUUURACCCAAACGUAGAARAUAAUAUUAAAGAACAAAGUACUAACGUGAAGGAACAAGAGAGUGAUGAAUCGCAUGUGAGAAUGUGCUGUUCAUUGUGGAGAAACUCAAAGUAUACUGUUGGGACGAUAUCAAUUUUUCUUACCUUCUUUGGUCUUUAUGUUCCAAUGAUUCACCUGGUGACAUUUGCAAAGGACAGACAGAUAUCAGCCUCCAAGUCAUCUUUACUUUUCAUCUACAUCGGCAUUCUCUCYACCUUCUCGCGGAUUGUUAUCGGAAAAAUCAUCGAAAGAAAAUGGCUUACUCCAAUGCAAGGGCUCCAGUUAUCUAGUUUUCUCAUUGGUUUUUCACUGGUGUUAUUCACCCAGGCCACAAUCUACACCCAUUUUAUCAUCUUUGCAAUAUCCUAUGGAUUUGCCAAUGRAGCUUUCGCGGUUUCGCAGGCCGUGUUUUAUAUAACCUGCUUUACUGAUCUCAAGAAGGCGUCUGUGGGUUGGACAACUGGUUAUGUCUUUUCAGCAGUAGCUUUAUUCCUGGGACCACCCUUGGCAGGUUUUAUCGCCGAUUAUUUUGGUUCCUAUACUCGUACAUUCUUCACAUUUGGCAGUGUUGUCAUGCUCGCUGGCGCUUUGCCGUUUUGCCUUCUUUGUUUUGGCUCAAAACCCAAAGCCAUGAAAUUUGAAUCUGAAUACGUUCUUGAAUCGCAAUCUAAAAUGAUUGGUUGUCGACUUGCUAACGCAGAAUCUACAAUAAAUGUUAGUUUCGUAUGAAUUUUCGGGGUUUGGAACUGAAUAGACAUUACGAGGUUUAGAAAAAAACUUGGUCGAGUUGGCAUUGCAAUGCAUUGUGGGAAUGUUUGAAAAUGAGUCAUCAAAACAGUCCCGUAAUGGCAACUCGACCCAGUUUUUUCCUAAACCUCGGAAUAGUUGUAUGUACGACAGAGAUAUAUUUUGCACACCAUUUAUUAACUUUCAAUUAAAGUUAAUUACAAAGUUUUACAGUCGUGCCCAAAGGAUAUCUUACAAUUUUAGCAUAGCAAAAUAGAUUAAUACCCGGUGAAAGCGGUAAUACUUGAGCCGUAGCAUAACGAAGGACUGCCGAACAAAGUUAAAACACAAAAAUAUCUAUAUUCUCAUGAAUGAUUACCUUAUUUUAUUAUGACGUCUUUGCCCUAUUACUACAUGACGAAAAUCAUUAUAUUUUUAGGACUUAGAAAAGCAGUAAUAGUUACCAAAGACCGUAUAUUAUAUUAUAGUAUAAACCCCGAUUUAUAAAAUGUACAAAAACCAGAGACAUCUAGACUAGCAGUCCAGCUGCAGAUUAAAAUUAGUUCAAAUUA